GACAGGGAGCGUAGAAUAAAGCAAAAGGGAAUGUCUUUCUCAAGCACGGAUCCCAAUAGAAGGCGGGAAGUAUACCUAGCAAUGCUUGCUGGAACACAUUCUUUUUGUUUAGUUUAAAGCAUUUUGCUUUGUUCCAUACACUCAUUUAUACACGCACAAAAACUCGUUUAUUUUUACACACUCGGAUAGAAUUUAGAUUUGGCCUAUUCAGUUCAAAACAUAGCUCUAUAUUUAACAAACCAAGGGAAGGAAAUCAUAAGUUAUUAGAUAUAUAUAUAAAUAUGUGUGUGAAUCAUGACUUAGUAGUUUAUCUGUUUUCCAAUGAUUGACUUGUCUUGCCUUAAAUCUGCCUACAGUUUCUGUUAGCCAGUGAAGUUAAGUACUCUACUCAUACUCAAUCUACAAGAUCAUGAAGCCUGUAGAAAAUCGCGAAACCGUUGACAUAAACUAUCAAAAUAGCUGCUUAGGUUUCUCCCUCUCCCCGCAAAUGAAUAUAACUGGUGCUGCUGCUGAAACAGUUCCACCAACGUAUUACCACCACACACCUCUUCAUAACUAUGGACUCCUAGGUGAACAUGUUGGAAUGUUUUCUUCCUUGCCUAUCAUGCCCCUUAAAUCCAAUGUCUCCUUCUAUGGAAUAGAAGCUAUCAGCAGGUCACAACCACAAGAAAUGGCAACUACUUCGGCAAUACCUCUGAGCUUGGAUAGUAUGUUUUACAACCAACUCUCGUGUCAUGGAUCGAACGAUCCAAAUAACGAAAACCAUGUACAAGAGAACAUCAGCAAGCAACAGCUACCAUAUUAUUCUUCCUUAAGAAACAACCAUGAUGUUAUUUUAGAAGGGUCUAAGCAGCAACUCCCUUGUAUAGCUGAGGAUGAAGUUGCUUGUCUGAAAAGUUGGUUCUCAAGGGACUUUCCUGCUUGUCAAGCGCAGGAGUCAAGGAUGUUUGUUCCUUUGGAGGAUAAUGGAAGCAAAUCUGGACCCAAUAUUGGAUCAAUAACAUAUGAGGAUUUACAUUCGUUGAAUUUGUCUGUGAGCCCUACCAGACGAUCUAGCUGUGUUACAGGUUCGCCUGCUAUCAAUGAUACGAAGAAAAGGGGGCUUGAAAUGGUGGACCAGAAUCAGAAGAAAAUAGUACAUAGGAAAUCCAUAGACACCUUUGGGCAAAGAACAUCUCAAUAUAGAGGUGUAACAAGGCAUAGGUGGACUGGUAGAUAUGAAGCUCAUCUCUGGGACAACAGCUGCAAGAAAGAGGGCCAAGGAAGGAAAGGAAGGCAAGUGUAUCUGGGGGGUUAUGAUAUGGAAGAAAAAGCUGCAAGAGCUUACGACAUGGCCGCACUCAAGUAUUGGGGACCCUCCUCUCAUAUAAAUUUCCCUUUGGAAAAUUAUCAAAACGAACUUGAGGAAAUGAAAAACAUGACGAGACAAGAAUAUGUUGCUCAUUUACGAAGGAAAAGCAGCGGAUUCUCAAGAGGAGCAUCCAUGUAUAGAGGAGUAACAAGGUCUCACAGGCUAGCAUUUACAUUCAGGCACCAUCAACAUGGAAGGUGGCAAGCUCGAAUUGGGAGAGUGGCUGGAAACAAAGAUCUAUAUCUUGGAACCUUCAGCACCCAAGAGGAAGCAGCAGAAGCCUAUGAUAUUGCUGCCAUUAAAUUCAGAGGAGUUAAUGCUGUUACUAACUUUGAUAUAACAAGAUAUGACGUGGAAAAAAUUAUGGCAAGCGAUAACCUUCUUAGCAGUGAACAAGCCAAGAGGAGCAGAGAGAAGGAGGAUGGAACAAGAAACGAGGCCUUCUCUAACCAAAAUCCUUGUGUAUAUGAACACAAUAAAGAAACCAUUGUAAUGCAGAAAAGCUGCAAGAUGGUUCCCUAUCCCCCCCACCAACAGCUUGACCAGAAUCCACCAAGAAUCGAGAGUUGCAGAACUCAUUCCUUCUCAACGGCUUUAAAUAACAUAUUUCAUCAAGAAGUAGAGGAAUCGAGUAACAUGGGAACACACUUGUCAAAUCCUUCUUCUCUGGUGACAAGUUUGAGUAGCUCAAGAGAAGAGAGCCCAGAUAAGACAAGCUUGCCAAUGCUCUUUGGAAUGCCUUCAACAGUGUCUAAAUUAUUCACUAACAUUCCAACGAGUGACGGGGAUUCUUGGGAGCUAUCGUCCAAUCUCAGGCCAGCUCUUUCUUUGCCUCAGAUGCCAAUUUUUGCUUCCUGGACCGAUGCCUAAUUCUAUGUUUUCUUUUCCUCUAUCAAAAUGGCAAAACCUUGUUUUUUGCAUGCAUGUUUACCAGAACAGGUGAAUUUCGAGCUGGUAGUACUUGUGCGCAAGUUUAAAAUGUUAGCUUUAAUCAUUUUGCUCGCACGAUGAGAAGUAACUCCUAAGUUUUAGAUCCCACAACACAAUUCGUAUCAUUAAUUUUUGGUAUCUUGUUAUCUAAAAGCUAUUUGG